AUGCAUGCUGACCCUUGGGUAGUAGCCGGAGAUUUCAACCUCAUUGAUGAUCUAUCCGGUAAGAACAAUGAGAGGAUAAAUCACCGUAUGACGGGCAAGUUCCGGAGGAUGCUUAUGGAGCUAGAGCUUAAGGAUCUAUACCUGGCAGGAGGUGAAGCGACCACUUCAUGGAACGUCAAAUUUCAAAUCAUGAUAGCUAACGAGGUGAUUCUUCGUCUGGACAUCACCAUGGAGUCGAAGUCCAUCGUCCAUCUACGUUGCAAAUGUCCCCAAAGAAAAGAAGUCUCCAUUGCAAAUGGACUGAAAACUAAUAACCCCUUCACCGAAAAAACUAGUGACUCCUUAACUCCGGUCAUGUCUGCAUCACGGUCGGAAGGCGAUGAGGCCCUCGUCAACGAGGUGCUCACCGACGAUGAGCUCCGUGCGGUGCUCACCCGCCUGAGGCCCGAGUCGGAGCGCGACGCGUUCGGGCUCGUGUGCAGGCGCUGGCUCCGGAUCCAGAGCUCCGAGCGCCGCCGCCUGCGCGCGCGCGCCGGUCCGUCCAUGCUGCGCCGCCUGGCAGCACGCUUCCCGGGCAUUCUCGAGCUGGAUCUCUCCCAGUCGCCGUCUCGCUCGUUCUACCCCGGUGUUAUCGACGACGAUCUGGACGUCAUUGCAGGGGGGUUCUGCAAUCUGCGAGUCCUCGCCCUGCAGAACUGCAAAGGGCACCAUCUCUCCACUCCGACCCAUGUCCGGGUGAAAGCCCAAGAUCCGAUGCGGAUCGGGCGUCGGCGGCGCCCCGUGCACCGUAACCUUCCUGGAGGCGACGCCAAGGACAUUGGGAUCGGAUGGAAGGGUCUGCAGGUGGCUGUGGCGGCCUCAUACCCAGCAGGCGUCCUGGUUGAGGAGCACGCCGGACUGAUGCAGAGGCCGGGGAUAUUUCUGGAAGGUCGUUUUCGGCGCAGGUUAUAUUACGCUGGCUACUGUCUUAGACCAGAGAACUCGACUCUAGUAGAGAUAUUUGUAGCCCUGGUUAAAUGUUUGGUUCUAUAUGCUGGUAUCACUGAUGUUGGAAUGGUCAAAUUAGGAGAAGGGCUGCAAUGUCUGCAAACCCUAGAUGUCUCUCACUGCAAAAAACUUAGUGAUAAAGGUUUAAAGGUGAUUGCGUCAGGGUGCCAGAAAUUGAGACAGUUGCACAUCGCAGGUUGCAGAUUAAUAACUGAUAAUUUGUUGCAUGCUGUAUCAAAAAACUGUUUGAACUUGGAAGAGCUUGGUGCUGCAGGAUGUAACAGCAUAACAGAUGCUGGAAUCUCAGCUCUAGCCGAUGGUUGUCAUAAAAUGAAGUCACUAGACAUAAGCAAAUGCAAUAAAGUUGGUGAUCCUGGAAUUUGCAAAAUUGCUGAGGUCUCGUCGUCAUCUCUAUUGUCAUUGAAACUGUUGGAUUGCAGCAAAGUGGGCAACAAGUCUAUCUAUUCACUAGCUAAGUUCUGCUGCAACCUAGAGACUCUCAUCAUCGGUGGAUGUCGGGAUAUUAGCGAUGACUCCAUAGAAGCACUAGCUCUUGCCUGCUGUAGCAGCCUCCGGAUUUUAAGAAUGGACUGGUGCUUGAAAAUAACAGACGCCUCGUUGAGAAGUCUGUUGUGCAACUGUAAACUUCUUGCCGCUAUUGAUGUCGGGUGCUGCGACCAAAUAACUGAUGCGGCAUUUCAGGGCAUGGAAGCGAACUUGUUCCGGUCGGAAUUGAGAGUUCUGAAGAUCAACAAUUGUGUUGACCUCACAGUUGUGGGAGUGAGCAGCGUGAUAGAGUCAUGCAAGGCACUCGAGUACCUCGACGUCCGGUCAUGUCCUCAGGUUACAAGGCAGAGCUGCGAGGAAGCUGGGUUGCAGCUACCUGGUGGCUGCAAGGUGAACUUUGAAGGUAGCUUGUCGGAGUCUGAUCCAUCUGUUGAUAGGUUCUUCUAG